AAAUCGUCUGCCGCGCUGUUGUUUAGUCAGCGAGAACAUCGCUUCCUUGAUAUUUCUUUAAAAUAAUGAAGACUUAUAGAGGCGUAUUUUACGUAUCAUUCUAAUCCUCGGAUACUGUCGUAUCUAAGCAGUUACUUGUAUUGUUCAAGAUGUCAUCUCCAGAGGUUGAUCAGUUCGAAAUUAGUGAGAGAGACCUUGAAGAUGCACUCAACCCAGGAUCCUACCGCCCACGCAUUUCGAAAAACAAGGCGACAUACGGUAUCUGGGCUGAGAGCGAUGAUGAGGAGGAUACCAGACCCUCAUUGGGGAGGAAAAAGAAGGCUAACUACACUGCCCCCAUUGGGUUUAUCAGUGGAGGACUCAAGCAAGGCUCGAAGGUGGUCAAACCUGGACAGGAAGAUGAAGAGGAUUCUGAUGAGGACUUUGACACUGGGAACUUAGCAGCCAGCAUAGCUAGAGAGAGGUUCAAGAGCAAGUCACAGAAACGCCCAGGAACUGGCUUCCACAAACACUCAGACAAGGCAUUUGGAGGCUGGGAGAAGCAUACCAAAGGUAUUGGACAGAAACUACUGCAGAAGAUGGGAUACGAGCCUGGUAAAGGCUUAGGGAAGAAGAGCCAGGGUAUAACAGCCCCCAUAGAGGCUGUCCAGCGGAAGGGAACUCGGGCAACACUUCAGUACUAUGGCCAGGAAAAACCCGCCUCGGCAUACAAGAAUGUUGUGGACUCGGACGAAGAAGAGGCUAAAGAGUUCAAAGAGCAACUUCAGCAGUGGAAAAAGCAACCAGAGGGCCUGAGGAAAAGACCAAAGUAUCAAUACAAGACAGCUCAGGAGCUGAUUGAAACAGGCAGCACCAAGAAGCGGAGAGGACCAGCCAGCGAUAUUGCCAAAGUGAAAGUGAUUGACAUGACGGGCCGGGAGAAGAAGGUCCUCUCAGGUUACCAUGCUAUUUCCCACCGCCACGACAGACCUGAUGAAGAUGAGGAUGACUUCCAGGAUGAAGGCCCCAAAGCCCGAGUGUUUGAUAUGCCAGAGCUAAUCCACAACCUCAACCUGCUGGUGGACAUGGCUGAGGAAGAGAUUGUACUCAAUGACAGGAAGCUACGACAUGAGAAGGACAUGAUCAUUAACAUGAAUCAUGAGAGAGAAAGACUGGAUGCAAUCUGCAGGGAAGAAGAGAAACAGAUUGAGAGGCUGAACAAAGUGUUAGACAUGGUAGCUAGUUGUGAGGAGAGGACAAAGCCUGACUGCCCCAACCCCCUGAGUCUGGCUGAGUGUGUGGAGAUAUUCCAGACUCUGCAGACUAGCUAUUAUGAGGAGUACAAGAUGUAUGAUCUCUCAGCUCUUGCAGCAGCCCUAGUAUUCCCCAUGAUGAGGCAGUACUUUAAGAACUGGGACCCGCUGAGAGAGCCCAGGUAUGGUGUAGAGGCCGUGAAAGAGUGGCGUUAUCUACUCGAGGGUUCCACUAGCCAGUACAGUCAAGACAUCAAGAACCUAAGUCCUUACCAGCAGUUACUCUGGGAGGUCUGGCUACCUCUUAUCAGACCGGUCAUCAUGAAAUGGCAGGUGCGAGACUGCGAACCUGUGAUAGCCCUGGUGGACGCCUGGAUGCCUGUCUUACCUCAGUGGAUUGUGGAGAACGUACAGGAUCAGCUCAUUAUGCCCCGCCUACUUCAGGAGGUGGACUGCUGGAACCCCCUGACUGACAUGGUCCCCAUUCACGCCUGGCUCCACCCAUGGCUCCCAAUCAUGGGUGACAAACUGGAGCCUCUGUACGCGCCGAUCCGUCACAAGCUGGCCAACGCCCUGAUAAACUGGCACCCGUCAGAUGUGUCAGCCAAGCUCAUCCUCCAGCCCUGGCUCAAGGUGUUCAAACCUGGCCACAUGGAGGCCUUUGUGGUAAAGAACAUUCUACCCAAACUGGCCAUGUGCAUGCAAGAGUUCAUGAUCAACCCUCACCAACAAGUCCUAGAGCCGUGGCGCUGGCUGAUGGAGUGGAGUGACAUCAUUCCCACACCGAGCAUGGUGUCUAUGUUAGAGAAGGCCUUUUUCCCCAAGUGGUUACAGGUGCUCUGUACCUGGCUUGGCAACAUGCCAAACUAUGAGGAGGUCACCAAGUGGUACUUGGGCUGGAAAACUCAGUUCCCUGACAACUACCUAUCACACCCAACAGUCAGGGAGCAGUUUAGCCGUGCCCUGGACAUCAUGAAUAGAGCGGUGUCGGGUCACUUCCAGCCUGGGGCUAAGGAGAAUAUGGCAUACUUCACCCACACAGAGAGGAGACAGAUGGAGGCUAAGCCAGCUCCAGCAGGGGCCACAGAGAAACGGGAAGCAGAGAUCGCUACUAAAGCUGCCCAGAAUAUCAGUGCUGCUGGGCCUACAGUACCUUACAGUUUCAGAGAUCUAGUGGAGAAGAAGGCAGAAGAGAAUGACCUGCUAUGUGUGCCUAUUGUGGGGAAGAUGCACCAAGGGAAGCAAGUCUACAAAUUUGGCAGUCAGCAAAUCUAUAUUGACCGCAGUGUGCUGUUUAUGAUGCGACCCACACAGCACUGGGUUCCUGUCUCACUACAGGCCCUGUUAGACUGUGCCAGGUGACAUCUCACAGACUGUACAGAGACAUGUGCUUAACCGUGAUCAUGCCAUUUAUGGGAUAGCUACAUGCUUAUUGUAAUACCAUCACAGAGAAGGGUUAAUCGCCGGACCAGAGCUGAUGGUGUGUUUGGCAUGGCUGGUCCUUCGCAGACUUCGUGUGAGAAGCAGACUUCGGGAUAAAAUGUUAUGGCAGAUUGUGUGCGUCGAGAUUAAGGCUGUUCCUCAAAGCAGCAGUAAAGUUAUACCUUACCUGACGAGGUCUUAAAACAACAACAACAAUAUAGGACCACCUCACUUCAUAUCCAUAAUGGUGUCACAUCAACUGAUCAAAGUUGUCAUAGAGGCACUUUCAAAGCUGAUUGUUAAAGAACAUUACAGUGGACUUGUGAGUGCCUGGCAGAUUCUCUUUGGCAUACUGAUAUAAGAGCAGUUUGAAGCUAGGGCAGACAUAUCACAUAUUGCUUUUGUUGGUACAAUACCUCCGGUAAUUCCAGGAGAAAUGGUUUCUUUCAAAGAGUCGCUCUAAUAAAGUGUGAACCCUGUGUG